AUGCGACAUCGUGCGGGUGGAGAGAACUUCUGGCGAGCUGUUGUUUCUGGCGGAGAACAACACACGGCUGCUUCUGCCAUCUCUGUGUCUGUGACAUCGGCCAUUACAGACAUCUACAACAAUCGAUCGGAGGUAGCGGUCCCAUGCAACAGCAACAUAACCAGAUCCGCAUACGUCAACAGCUCCACGCACGUGCCGGGUGCCGCGCCAGCGGCGAGAUGCCCUACUCCGAGGGGAUCGCUGGUACAAAGGAAAGCAAUGCCAAUGGCAAGGGAACGAGACACUUAG